ACCUGUACAAGGUCACACCCACGUCCGGAAUGAGCCAGCGAUCUUCAUCAAGCUUCAGUUUCUGCGUUUUGUUGAUCAAACUGGUCCGAGAUCAGCGCAGACCUGAAAGUUAAUACAUUUCUCAACAAUUGUGAAGACAUAUUGGUCGCGAAAAUCAAUUUCGCACACAUACACACAGCACACAUCGCCCGCAUUCCAGCCUCAGUAGCCGGCUCGCGUUCUCCUGGAAACAAGACAUUUCAGGGUGUGCAGCAUAUACCCAGAAAACCAACAGUACUGGAAUGUAGACAAUUGAAUAACGCGCGUCAUCACAGCGGUUGAACACCACUGUACGGCUUCCGGAAGUUACGAUACACAAAGCGAGGCAGUCAGACGUGGAAACGGGUCAGAACGAGGUGUUGUCAUGACAACAUGUACCCUAGUGACGCUGUGGUAGGAUUAAGUCUGUAUCUCGCCAACAUGCCGGAAACGCGCAAGGAAAUCGUCAACCCUCUGACGUCAGCAGAAGUAAAAGAACGACAGGUUAACUUCCAGAGGAGGUUCACAGCCAAAUUUUUCGCAAAACAUCGAAAAUAUAAAGGUAUACUGAGGGAGUACGGCAUCAACAUACAGCCCGGACAAAGUGACUACUCAAUCUGCUUCGAUAAAACGUUUGAGGAGGAAAUUGAGAUGGUUGUCAGUGAGAGUCGCGAAGAUUUCGCAAAGUCAUGUCGUAAAAGCGGGCAUUACAGCAUAAGGGGUCUCUUCCGGCAAAUUGUUCACGCAGUGCGCAGGACGAAAGCCUCCCGGAUUAUGUAUAAGUUACAAGGAAUUUCCGAGACCGACAUGAGAGAAACUCUAGAAGCUGUAUCGACGGAAGUUUCUAUUGGUUACGAGUACCAAAUCGCCAUGUUAUCGGACGAAAACGAUAUUUACAAAAUGGCGGACUAUGCAGUGUUGUGUGUGUUUACGUAUUUGAAAUCGGCCGAAUCUUCGUUCGAAACAUCCAAUAUAUUGCAAGCAGUGUUAGAAAGUGUACCGAAACAUAAAUCGGAGGGAGAAACCGUCAUUAAGACGAAAAUAGUUAAGACUGAUUCCUUGAAACGGAAACAUUCUCAGAAAUGGAGAAUACAGGAAAUAUUUAAACAGCCAGGGCUCAGGGUAAAGAAAGAUGGUUCCGAAGGGCCCUAUGCAUAUUUCGGAUGUUUCACACCAUUCGGAUGUUUGUGUAGACCUAACAAAUACGGUUACCGCGCUCCACUUCACGUGUGGGAUGAUGAUUUACGAGAUUAUCGAAUGUUAGAUAACGACCGGAUAUCAUGUCACAGUUCACAUGGGAAACAGAUCCAAGACAACAAGGAAGAUAUACACCAACAAUACAAACCGGAAACCUGCUGUUGUCACGUGACCAGAAAACUGGACAAUCAAAACAACUGCUCAACCAACCGCUCCGAGCAGCCCAAACUUGUCAACGGGCAAACAAUUUGUGAUGUAGAAUGUAAUGUUGAACCUACAAACACAGAAUCCCAGCUCACGUGCUCAACAACUCAAAAUACAUCAAAUGAUGUAAGUGUCCUCGGUGAUAUACAGCUAAAUAUGUGAGGCCUACAACUUUUCGGUGUAUAUAUUUCCUUUACCGAACUGUUUACAUCGUUGUAGUUAUUUUGUUCGGUAGCGUACACAUUGGAUGACUUGCCAGUACUAACCGAGUUAAACGGGUUAUAAAUAACACAUUAAACAUGGCGACCUCGACCUUUGAUACCACACGCCCUCUCUCAAUUCUGAGCUCCUAUUUGAAACCCCACCACCUUUGCUUCAGUUAUAAUUAUCUUACUAAAGAACUCUCAAUUCUGAGCUCCUAUUUGAAACCCCACCACCUUUGCUUCAGUUAUAAUUAUCUUACUAAAGAAAACCUGUCAAAAAUAACCUUCACGUGCUUUUGAUUAUCCGGACGUGGACAUGUUUCUGGUUUGAAUUAGAUGCUGCAUCUCCAACAAAUUAAGAAAAAAAAAAAUAAAAUCUACGGAGUUGUUUCAUGAUAUCGGCUCUGUGUUUUCAGCUUUAAUAUAUAAAAUAAAUCAAAUUAUAACACACUCUAUCACACACAGCUAUAUUUUACGAAAGGAAGAUUAUCCCUAUUGUCAAUCCUGCGAUCAGCCUUACCGUCAUGAAGCACUUUAUGAUUGAAUGCUGAUUUCACACAGAUCUGAGAUGAUUGUUACGUCUAUUGAAUGAGUAUUGGAUUUCUGGUUACGUGCAAUAUAACUCACAAUAAAAUAUGUUUUUACAA